CCAUUCAAGGCGAAUCGUGAUCAGGCCACAGUGUCUGAUUUUUUUUCGCUGAACGAUAAUGAAUACAUGCACCAGCAAGCAUAGUUCACCAAUAACUAUUUCUGAAGUAUCAUCCAUAGUGUGUGUUGAAUAUGUUUGAAACUAAUCAACGUCUUCAAACAUUUGGUGGUAGGCCUACUAAAUGGUGGAUCCGAAGCUACAAACCUCAUCACGUGACCAGUAAAAAAAGCUGCAUUUCGCGAACGUGAAAUCUGCUUCAUGAAAUGUCGGCCUACAGUUUGAACUAAUGCACCGAGUACAUCACGCCGCAUGUAUCAUAAACUGUGCACAGUCUAUUCAGAAACGAAUACUGCCGUUUUAAAUCUAUAUAAUAUGCAGAAAGGACAGGAGCAGAUUUUGGAUGGCAUCGUAGCUGGUUUGAAACGACUGUGAAACCCGUCAGCUAAACAGCUACUAGCUACCAUAAUGGACCUGAAGUGUAGCGUAUGUCGACCCUCCCUUACUCAAUGGCGGUGGCUCAUCUUGGUUGCAGCCCAUCUUUGUCUCCUGUUCGUUGAUGGUAUCUCCAACUGCACGGGAAUAUUCAUUGUCCACUGGCAACAUCACUUCCAAGCAUCCACGGCAGAGCUGAGCACGGUUCUUAGCAUACAGAUGGGAGCUUAUCACUUUGCAGGGGCAAUUUCUGGAGCAGCCAUUCACAAACUUGGUGCUCGUGCUGUUACUGUUAUCAGCGGUGUCAUCAGUACCACAGGUCUUAUUCUGAGCAGUGUGGCGCCCUCUCCGUGGGUCCUAUACGUGACCGCUGGACUUCUUGCAGGUGUUGGUUACGGCUCUGCACUCAAUGCUAUCACAGUCUGCAUCGCUGAAUACUUCACCAAAUACUACGGAAUUGCUCAGAGCAUUACGAGCGCAGGCUCAGCAGUGGGCAUAGUUGUGAUGCCACCCUUAACCCAGUACCUGACGACAGAAUACGGCUGGAGAGGAGCGUAUCUCGUGCUUGCUGGAUUGCUGGCCAACUCUCUGGUCUGCGGCAUGUUGCUUCGUCCCGUCUCGAGUUUCCCACUCGAAGUCGAUAAGCAUGACCGUAUCCCAACAGAAGAGGGCGCUUUAAAGAAAGACGUAAUGACUCAGUUUGAAGGAACUGAUGACGAGGAUGGUGAUAAAGAUGAUGACGGCAUUAACCGGGCGGAUUUGGACAAUUCAUUAUCACCACUCAAGCGAACUGAAAAUGAUAGCGAAAUAACAGACAGGAGGCUUACGAGUCAGUCCCAUCAGGACGAGUACCAAAGGUUGAACAAAAAACGCACUUCUCGUCUGCAGAGUCUGGGAGGAGUGACCGGAGCCUCGCUCUUGACCAAGAACUACCGCUUUAGUCUUGUUGUGUUCGUCACAUUCUUCGCUGGUCUCUGCAUGGCUGCCGUCAUGACGCAUCUUGUACUGAGCGUGGUGGAUCGAGGGAUCAGCGAACAAGCCGCAUCCUUUUUGUUGUCUUUCUUUGGGAUCGGAAAUCUUAUCGGGAAAAUCAUAUCGGCUUUCGUACUGGGCAGAAAAGUGAUCAGCGCCACCAAGUUAUUUGGUAUCGCCCUCUUUGGUUGGGGAAUCUCGACCAUGUUGCUUCGAGCUCCGACGACGUACUCUUGGUUUAUCGUAGGAGCGCUAUCAGUUGGAACCUUUAGCGGUAUAGACAUAUGCACGGCAGCAAUUGUCCUCAAGGAGGUAGUCGGAGUCGUAAAAUUAGGUCGAGCCUUUGGAGUUUUGAUGGUCUUCACUGGCACAGGAUGUCUUAUUGGGCCUGUCCUAGGAGGUUGGAUAUAUGAUCGCACCAAAAGCUUCGAUAUAUCUUUCUUCUUGUUUGGAGCACUUCUCGCCACAUCCUCAUUUUCUCUCCUCCUGUUUGGAAAACUGAAGAAACUUGAAGAGCGCCAUCAGCGGCGAUUAGGGAAUCGGACGAUUUCUCCAGAGGGUGAUGUUGAGUGCGAUGAGGUUGAGAGGUUGAGGAGGAAGGACAGUAAGGUUCAGUGGAAUGAAGGUUCAAAACCCGACAGAAACGUGGAGGUUGCUACUCUGAAUGGAAAUGUUGAUGGAGAUAUUGACAAGAAGACGUGGGAAUCCCAAAUGUGACACGUUUUAUCAAUUACAUGAACAGGGAGAUCUUUAUCUCCCCGACAGAAAAUAUUGAGUUGCUAUAUCAUAAACCCAUAUGCAUUCCAAAUUCUACAUUCUUUACGACCAAAAUGUGCAUGAGCAAUAUGACCAAUGGCAUAACGCUACUCGUUAUUGAAUUAUAUCAACAUGAUCAUCAAUAAUUCUAACGUUUUUUUAUUCGCACCUUUUGAGAAAACAAUACAAAGUUUUGUUAUCAAAACAUAAUUUACAAGACAAGUAAACUCAGAAAUAUAUUUAAGAGAACAGGAAGAUAAUGAUUAGGGAAUAUAUUCAAAUUAGCGAUCAGAAAGAAGGAUGAUAGGACACAACAUCCCGUGGCUAAAUUGAAAUGAGAUUCAGUGAGGUCCAUUUUUUUUUGUUAGACCCAAAUGUACUGCAAAUGUACAGAUAUAUGGCGAAGUAAAUUGGAAAAUAAAAAAAUAUAUAUAUACACAAUUGUACAUUUCUGAAUGUAACCCAUUAUAGCAUUGGUGGUGGUCCGCAAAGUCGGGGGGGGGGGGUGUCACUCUCCCAAUUUUCGAUUUUGUACAGAAGCGUAUGGGAGAGGGUCGUUUUGCCACCCUCCCUCCCUCCCCCCCCCCCCCCCCCCCUCAAGAUGAACAAAAAAAUCUGACGAUAAUUUCCGGAAUAAUAUGUUCGCAUAAGGCGUGUUGACAGAAAUCUCCAAUGAAAUAGCUGAAACGAACUGUAGUAUGUCUUGUUGUCAUUGUUGUGUCAUGUUAAUUCAACAAUCGUAUUUAAUUUAUAGAUAAAUGUAAACAAACACAUAAAUUAAAAAAUCGGUGAAAGUAUAAAACGAAAAGCUUAAAUUUGUGAGUCAUGAUUAUUCACUCAAACCCUAAGCACGUUUUUUAUACUGGUCUGAACUAGCCCAUGACCGGGGGUCCAGUCUCCUUGAAAUGUCAUGCAUGUCUUUCUGUUUUGCGAUGAAAAAAAAUCAUCCUAUUCAUUCAUUCAUCCAUCCAUCCAUCUAUUCAUUCAUUCAUUUUCCUUUUUUAGUCAUCCUCAUUUCACGUCUUUAUUCCCUUCGUCCUUCUUCAUCCAAAACUCCAUCUAUAAAUUCUGACGAUUCUCUUCAACCCCUGUUCUUCGUAUCUCUGAUUCCUUUUCCACGCCACCCUAGAUAUGUCGCUUGUCGACUUGGAUAUUUUACUGGUAAGAAGGCAUAAAUGCUUGUUGGUACAAGACGAAUGACUGAAUGUCAUCCACAUGAUCCAAGAGACCUGGUUCGUGAGAUAAAUGCCUUGCAAAGAACACCUCUAAGCCUACUUAUUAGUAAGCAACCAGAGGACCCACGACUUAAGACCCUCCAAGGGACCAUUAUUAUACAAAGACAAACGCCUUACCAACCGGGCGUAUUAGCAACAAUUCGAUUUUCAGUUUGCUCAAAUUCUCUUUAUCUGUAUCAUUAAUACUACAAAACAUAAACUCAGCAAGCGAGACAACAGCAACAUUCUACUGGCCCCUAUAAUUUUAAUCUUUUCAUAAAUGAUAAAUAUAGACAUUUACGAACAUAAUAAAAUGAAUGGCCAGACAGAACUAUAUUUUAACAGAGUAUAUCUUGAUAAAAUCAUUUAGCAUUUAGGAACCCGACACCAUAAAUAGAGUAAUUCAUUCUAAAUAAUGAUACAAAUCGAUUUCAUAUUUACAUAAUGAUUACGUGCGAUCCAGCUGCUUUGCGUUACCUGUAAACAAAUACACAAUCACGUUCAAUAAUCUUAAAACGUUAAAAUAUAAG